CUCAGAGUUGAGGACGCUGCUUCGAUCUCCGCGGAAAGAUGAACGGGACGCGGAACUGGUGUACCUUGGUGGACGUGCACCCGGAGAGCCAGACCGCGGGCAGCGUGGACAUUCUCAGACUGACUCUCCAGGGUGAACUGGCAAGAGAUGAACUUGAACACAUAGCUCAGAAGGCGGACAAGAAGACCUAUGCCACACUCUCUGACCGCUCUUCAAGUCAUUCUCUGGCGUCAGAACUGGUGGAGUCCUGUGAUGGACAUGAAGAGAUCAUCAAGGUGUACUUGACGGGGAGGUCUGGAGACAAGAGGAUCCAUGAGAAGAACAUCAACCAGCUGAAGAGUGAGGUCCAGUACAUCCAGGAGGCCAGGAACUGCCUGCAGAAGCUUCGGGAGGAUAUAAGUAGCAAGCUUGACAGGAAUCCAAGAGACUCUCUUCAUCAGCAGGAAAUACAGGUGGUACUAGAAAAGCCAAAUGGCUUUAGUCAGAGUCCCAUGACUCUCUACAGCAGCCCACCUGAGGUGGACACCAGCAUGAGUGAAGAUGUUGAGAGCUUGAAGAAGACCGUGCAGGAAUUGCUUGCCAAGCUGCAGGAGGCUGAGCAGCGACACCAGGCUGACCGAGUGGCUUUUGAGAUCACACUCAACCGGUAUCAAAGAGAAGCAGAACAGAGCAAUGUGGCCCUUCAGAGAGAAGAGGACAGAGUGGAGCAGAAAUCAGCAGAAGUUGGAGAGCUGCAGAGGCGCUUGCUGGGGAUGGAGACGGAGCAUGAGGCCUUACUGUUGAAAGUCAGGGAAGGGGAGAUGGCCCUAGAGGAGCUUCGGACCGAGAACGCUGACUGCCAAGCAGAAAGAGAAAAGGCUGCUGCUCUGGAAAAGGAAGUGGCUGGGUUUCGGGAGAAGAUCCACCAGUUGGAUGACAUGCUCAAGAGCCAGCAGCGGAAAGUUCGGCAGAUGAUAGAGCAGCUCCAGAAUUCAAAAGCCGUGAUCCAGUCGAAGGAUGCCACUAUUCAAGAGCUCAAGGAGAAAAUUGCUUAUUUGGAGGCGGAGAACUUAGAGAUGCAUGACCGCAUGGAGCAUCUGAUAGAGAAGCAGGUCAGUCAUGGGAACUUCAGCACACAGACUCGUGCCAAGACAGAGAACCUGGGAAGUGUCAGGAUAUCCAAGCCUCCCAGCCCUAAGCCUAUGCCUCUCAUCCGAGUGGUGGAAACCUGAGCUGCUAGGACGUGGAAGCUGCCAUUGCUGUCGCCUCAUCCCUGCAGAGAAGCCCACCUGUAGGCUGUUGAUGCUGCCUCUGACUUCCUGACUACCCUGGUGGCCCCAGGUCUUGGGCUCAUGGCCCGGGCUCUUGUCCUGUGCUUGCUAGCAGAUGGGGCAGGACCGUCUGUCUCUUUGGGACCCUGCAGACCUUGAGAGGACAGUCCCCUGCUGGCAGAAACGGGCCAAUAUCCUCAUUCACAGUGUUUUUCCACGUAACAGAGCUUCCCUGCUAUGUACACUGGAGUCUAACUGCCCCCAAGCCAGGCCCUCAUCAAGUCCAGAGAAGUGACUAAAUUUGUCUCAGCCGGAAAAGCUGGAAGCACAGAUGUACAGUGAUUGGAGGGUGUCCUGGGGGAAUGAAGUUCCUUCGAAAACACAGCUCAGUUCUUAGCAACAAACUGUUUGUUUUUCCACUUGGCUCCACCCUUGUACCAUGCUGACCAGGGCCUCCCACAGACAGCCAGUGGAGGCUAGCUGGCCUGGCCUGGUCUUAACCAGGGAACCUAAGCGAGAUAGCCUUGCCCUUCUAGGGACAGAGGAAUGUACAUCCAGGGAGCAGUUUUUAGCAGGAAGAUUCUCUAGGGCCAUGACUAGUUCGUGUGGCUUCUCUACUGCAGAAGGUCCCAGGCUCUGGGUUCCCUAACCCAGAGCUAAGAACUGUUUCCACUGAGUUGCAUCAGUCCCAGCAAAACCGCUACUGUAUUUAUUCUGCUAAGUUAUUGCUGGUUUUGCUUACAUCUCAUAAUUGACCUGGUACCAGUGUUCUGCAGCCUUCUGCUAAGUAUUUGGGUUUAUCUGGACGUGGGGGAAAGUAUUCUGGUGGGCCUGGCUGGUUCUACAGUGGUGUACUAACUCCCCAUGCCUUCCCUCUAGCUAGCUGCUGCUUUUUACUUCUUCCUCCAGAGUGGACCUGUAACUCAGGAGGCUAGUGUCUGUCCCCAAGUGUGUACUUUCUGGAGACUAGGGCAAUCAGGAGUGCUGGGGGGACUGGAGUGGGUUCUUCUAACCUCUUGGAGCCCUUCCAGUCCACAACAACUUCUACUCCAGCCCUGAAUGACCCUGUAGCUCAUUGUGUUUCUUAUUGUGUGGUCUAGUAGCCUCAACAGUGUUCAAGCAUAUGAAUGUGGGACCAUAGGAACAGUUUUAGUCUUAGAUCUACCUGGGUCAUAACCAGAAGCCUUAAGUCUGUGUGUUUCUAUGUCAUGAGUAGGCCCAGGGCCUGUCUUUGUCUAUACAGUGUCCUGAGACUCAGGCAGACUCUCUGCAGAAUGAGGAAGUUCAACAUGAUCUCCGUGUCCCUUCAAAUUCUUUUCCUGUCUGUAACACAGUCUUUGUAUGGUGACUUUAAUAAAUUAUGCUAAUAUGUCUCUUUGCCU